CGACCAGGCCAAGAACUUGCACUGGUGACUGGAUUAACUACCCGCCAGUCAGCUUCCGUCACUGGUGUUCCAAGUGCUGCCGAUGCUCCCUUCUGGCCGCCGCUCCGCAUAAAGCUGCACAAACUCCGACUUACACUGUCCCUUCACGCCGGUCCUCAACCGGCCGCAGCCAACCUCACAGGCCAACGCGCGCGCGUGUGCGUCGCACGCGGAAACGAAAUGGGCGUAAAGUCCCUGCUCUUCUUGAGUUGUUGCAGCCUACUACUACUGGCUCGCUCCUCCAAUGCAGCAGUUAGCCACGACUCGCCUGGCCUGCCCAUGGUCAUCAACACCUGGGGCGGGCCCUUUACGGCCGCCACGUCCGCCGCCUUCCUGACCCUGCAGCAGCGCGGCGGUGUGAACGGCGUCGCAAGCGGUGCCAAUGCCUCGGCCGUGGACGCCGUCGAGGUCGGCUGCGCGACGUGCGAGCGCAACCAGUGCGACGGCACCGUCGGCUACGGCGGCUCCCCCGACGAGGCGUGCGAGACGACGCUCGACGCCCUCAUCAUGGACGGCACCACCUUUGCCGUCGGGGCCGUCGCCGCGCUGCGGAGGGUCAGGCACGCCAUUGCCGUCGCGAGGAUGGUCAUGGAGCACACGCGCCACACCUUCCUCGUCGGGGACCAGGCGACGGCGUUUGCGGUGCAGAACGGCUUCGCCGAGGGGCCGCUCUCGACGCCCGAGUCGGAGGAGGCGUGUAGGAAGUGGCGGGAGGGAAAAUGCCAGCCAAACUAUCGCGUCAAAGUCCGCCCGGAUCCUUCAUCCUCGUGCGGCCCAUACGCACCGUUGCUCUCGUCGCAGCAUCUCCUCGAAUCCCGUGCCGCGGACGGGGACGAAACGCCCUCGUCGCCGUCACCGUCAUGGCGCUCGCACGACACGCUCUCCCUCAUCGCGCUGCACCCGUCGGGCCAGCUCGCCGCCGGCACCACAACCAACGGCGCCGCGCACAAGGUCCCCGGCCGUGUCGGCGACGGUCCCAUCCCGGGGAGCGGAUCCUACGCGGACUCGGAGGUGGGCGGGUGCGGCGCGACGGGCGACGGGGACGUCAUGAUGCGCUUCCUGCCGUGCUACCAGGCCGUCGAGAGCAUGCGCCGCGGCAUGGCGCCCGGGGACGCCGCGGAAGACGCGGUGCGCAGGAUGCUGCGCCGCUUCCCGCGCGUCCGGGCGGGUAUCGUGGUUGUGGACAGGCAUGGCAGACAUGCGGGCGCGGCGGCGGGCUGGACGUUUACGUACGCGUAUAGAGGUGGCGAGAUGCCAGAGGUAAAGGUGGUGACGGUUGAGCCGCUGAAUGACGACUUGGCUGAGUUGUAGGGCGCCAUUGUAUAACCGGCAGUGUUCAAAAUAGAGCAUCAGAAUAGAGCACGAAUUACAUUAAAGGUG